UUUGCGACGGCGGAGCUGCCCGGCAUGGCGGAUUGCGGCAGUGUGAAGAUGGCUGAGGCAGAAAGGAGUGCCGAAACAUUGAAGGAGAAGGCGAAUGAUUACUUUAAAGAGAAGGAUUACGAGAAUGCGAUCAAGUAUUACUCUGAAGCUCUGGAGCUGAACCCUGACAAUGCCAUCUACUAUGGGAACCGCAGCCUGGCUUACCUCCGCACAGAGUGCUACGGCUAUGCCCUGGCAGACGCCACUCUCGCUCUGGAGCUCGACAAGAACUACAUCAAGGGGUACUACCGGCGCGCCACCUCCAACAUGGCGAUGGGCAAGUUCAGGGCAGCGCUUAAGGAUUACGAAACGGUAGUAAAGGUGCGACCCAAUGACAAGGAUGCCAAGCUGAAGUACCAGGAGUGCAGUAAGAUCGUCAAGCAGAAGGCUUUCGAACGAGCCAUCGCCAGCGACGAGCUCAAGAGAUCGGUGGUGGAUUCGCUGGACAUAGAGAGCAUGACGAUUGAGGACGACUACUCGGGACCCAAACUGGAAGAAGGGGGGAAGGUCACACUGAAGUUCAUGAAGGAGAUGAUGAGCUGGUUCAAGGAGCAGAAGAAACUACACAGAAAGUGUGCCUACCAGAUUUUGGUACAGGUGAAAGAGCUUCUAUCCAAGCUUCCCAGUCUUGUAGAAAUUACAUUGAAAGAGACAGAGAAGAUCACGAUAUGUGGCGACACACAUGGACAGUACUACGACCUGCUGAAUAUAUUUGAACUGAACGGCUUGCCCUCUGAGACUAACCCCUAUCUCUUCAAUGGGGACUUUGUGGACCGUGGCUCCUUCUCAGUGGAAGUGAUCUUGACCCUGUUUGGCUUCAAGCUGCUGUUUCCAGACUGCUUCUAUCUGCUCAGGGGGAACCACGAGACAGACAACAUGAACCAGAUGUAUGGGUUCGAGGGCGAAGUGAAGGCGAAGUACACCGCGCAGAUGUUUGAGCUUUUCAGCGAAGUGUUUCAGUGGCUGCCCCUGGCACAGUCCAUCAACGGCAAAGUGCUGGUGAUGCACGGGGGUCUCUUCAGUGAAGAUGGGGUAACGCUGGACGACCUCCGGAAAAUAGACAGGAACAGGCAGCCUCCAGAUUCAGGGCCAAUGUGUGAUCUUCUUUGGUCGGACCCACAGGCUCUGGACGGCCGGUCCGUCAGUAAGCGAGGGGUUAGCUGUCAGUUUGGCCCGGACGUCACUAAACGGUUCCUGGAGCAGAACCAGCUGGAUUACAUCAUCCGCAGCCACGAGAUGAAGUCCGAGGGGUAUGAGGUCACACACAAUGGGCAGUGCAUCACCGUCUUCUCAGCGCCCAACUACUGCGACCAGAUGGGGAACAAAGGUGCAUAUAUCCACCUGCGGGGGUCCGACCUCAAACCAGAGUUCCACCAGUUCACAGCCGUGCUUCACCCGAAUGUCAAGCCCAUGGCAUACGCUAACUCGCUCAUGCAGAUGGGGAUGAUGUAACUGCGCUGGAUCUUUGGGGGGGACCCACCGCAAGACUUUUUUGUUUUUCCAUAUCUCCCCCCUCCUCCUCCUCCUCCCUCCCACCAGCCCCACUUCAACCUCCCUGUCCGCUGAUCUGGAAAAACAAAGGGAAAAGGGCCGCAGCGGGAUUGUGUUUCCACCAUGGAAAACCGCCCUUUGCAAAUCCUAAAGAUUUUAGAGGUUGGGGAGGGAGGGUGGAAAUCUGCGCUGUGCUCCCCUUCGCUCCAGCCUGUGAAAUCAAGUGGCUGACACUGCUGCUAAGUUAACAGCAACGAUCUUCUGUUCAAGAGUAUCGGGGUCACGAACACCUUGUAUUGCAUGAAUAAGAAAUGUUGUUUGGCAUACUUUUUCUUUUAUAUGCAAUAAAGCCGGUACUCUGAUACAGUUUCCAAUUAAGUACAGGCAGUGGGAGUUCUCAAGUACUUUGUGAUGUUUUCAUGCCAGUAAAGGUUUGCAAAGAGUUUUUCUCUUGAAGAGAAAGUCAGGUUGGCCGCACUUCCCUGAAGAUGAUCAAAAUCCGGUUUAAAUACAGUAUUGCAAAUGCAUUCGAACAUAUCCCUUUUAUAUACCUACCUGCAGUGGUUUGUUUGUCAAUUAAAUUGGCUAUAAAUGAAAGUAGUUGAACACUGCUGGGGGGGAAUUGAAAACCUGGAAUUGCCCCAACCCUGAUCAGGAAGCAGCAGUUUUCACACCAUGGUAUUUAAAACAUCUCUAAAUCUGAAAAUAAAAUGGGGGGGAAAAAAAAAA